AUGUGUGGAGUUCUGCUAUUAUGGAUAUUUCAUAUCCUCUAUGAGAAUGUUCGAUUCCAUAAAAAAUACCGCUUUCCAAAUCACAUACCAGGUAGAGUCCCGAUAUUCGGAAACCUUCUGCAAAUGCCGAAGAACCCAGCCGAUCAGCGUUUACACUUCGCGGAGCUUGCAAAGAAACAUGGAGAGAUGUUUACACUCAAGUUAGGCUCCAACUACUGGGUAUUUUUGAACUCACAUAGAGUCGUUGGCGAGCUUUUGGAAAAGCGCGGGGCAUUGUAUGUCUCUAGACAAAACCUCCCAAUGGCGGGUGAUGUCAUCUCUCGUGGGAAGAGAAUCGUAUUUCUCCCAUUUGGAGACCUCUGGAAAUGGCAGCGGAAGGUCAUACAUGAAAUUCUUGGGCCUGCACAAAGAGGCGUUUUUGGCCCAUUCCAAGAUGCAGAGUCUCGAACACUCCUUGCUGGGUACCUUGACCAGCCAGAUAAAUGGCAUCUCAGUCAUGCUCGCUACAGCAGUUCUGUGGUUUUCAGCAUGACAUUUGGUCGCAGAACAGACCUGCAUGAUCCGACGGUCAAAAAAAUUGUGGAAAUCAAUGAUGAGCUUACCAAAUCCUUUGAACCCGGGUCUAAUUUGAUUGAUGCCUUCCCAUUCCUGGCAAAGAUACCAUUUGCACAUUCAUUACAGCCAUGGAGGUGGUGGGGAGAUUCCUUGUACAAGGCUGCACUAGAGAAUUUUAGUAGCGAAUUCGAUGCGCUUGUCGAGCGACAACGGCAAGGCAAGGUGACCAAAUGUUUUGUUUCGGAAUUCUUGCGACUAGGGCGACACAAGGAAAUUGAUCGCGAGAGCAUGGUUUUCCUCGCUGGGUCUUUGAUUGAGGCCGGGUCGGACACAACGCGUGUAUCGCUCAACCAGCUAGCAGCAGCAGCAGCUCUAUUUCCAGACUGGGUGGAACGUGCACGCAAAGAAUUAGAUGAGGUUUGCGGUUCAAAUGCCGAGCGGUUGCCGACUGCGGACGAUGCUCCUAGACUACCUUACAUCAAGGCUGCGGCGAAGGAGACUGUACGUUGGAAUCCUUCGUUUGGGGAAAUUGCCCACUCGCUCAUAAAAGACGACGAGUUUGAAGGUUACCGCUUUCCCGCUGGUACGACGUUUGUCUGGAAUCACUGGGGAAUCCAUAAUGAUCCGAACGAAUACGAACAACCCGAGAGAUUCUACCCUGAGCGUUUCCUCAACGCCGAUCUAGAGAAACCUACGAAGGGACAUCUGGGAUUUGGAGCUGGUCGUCGCGUUUGCCCAGGUUGGACGGUCGCAAGUGCAAGCUUAUUCCUCGGAAUUUCACGGCUCAUCUACUGUUUCGAUUUCCAUACAGUACCUGGCCGGCCCAUUCCCACGGGUAGACCGUUCUCGAUUGGAGUAGACAAACCUUACGAGGUCGGGGUCACAGUUAGAAGUCAAGCUCACGCAGACCUGAUUAGAAGAGAGUGUCGUCCAGAUGAUGGUUCUGUAAAUCCUUGAGAUAAUCACGAAGGAAACAAGAUUGCCAUGUGGUCUGCGCCAACCAAUUUAUUAAUGUUCAUAUGAUAGUGCUGAGUUGUACAAAUCACAUGAGCUUUAUUGGCAUGUCAUACAUAAGCACAUUGAACUACAAGACAGGCUCAAAAUAUCGCUUAU